AUGAAGUCUAGUCGGCAGAAAAAAGGUUCUCGAAAACGUGAACUAGACAAAACAGUACCUAAAGCUACACAUAGUCUGACUUCUCUUUCCUUUUCUGAAAUUCAUUGCGCGCUUUCCUCAUGUGACAGCAGGUUUCAAGGUAGGUCAAGUGUUAAGCAAUUGGCUACUAAUACUAGUUCGAAUGGUCAUUCGGCUGGAAGAAAAGCCAUUGAAGGUCACACACGUGAAACUAUAGAUAUUAAAGUUUCAUUCAAAAAUAUCUGGAAGAUUCUAGAAUACGAAACGAUCAUCAUGUUUAUGAGAUCGGCUAGCUUAAAAUUUUGCCCCUCUUCAGAUAUAUUGAAUACACGUUCCUCAAAACAAAAUCUCUUAAUCAGCCAACGCUAG